AUGCUGAUACGCCUGGCACUGCUGUGCCUGAUAGCCUCGUCGGCGGCGCUAGCCGAGAGAUUUCCCAUUGAAAUACCCCCGUUCGGGGAUACUAGGGCAGCAACAGCUGCUGGGGUUACAAUCCGACAGGAUGUCGACGAGAGUUAUCGUCUACCAACGGAAACGGUUCCCAGCCACUACACCAUUAACCUGUGGACGGAGGUUCACGAUGGUGAACCGGAUUUUCACGGCAGUGUGACAAUUGACUUGAGGGUAGUUGAGCCAACCGAUACGAUAACUGUUCACAAUCGUGGUUUAGUCGUUACGUUUGCUGUACUGAACCGAGAAGAGGAAGAUGGUUUGGCCGUCGUCGAGGAACCAACUUGGAGCUUAGAUGAGCAGAGAGAACUACUCAUUUUCCAGUUCACGUCAACGUUGGAAGUGGGGAACUACGAAUUGACUAUAACGUACGAUGGCCGUCUUCAGACGUCCACUUCCAGUGGAUUUUUCCGUAAGCUCUACCGAGAUGAAAACAACAUCCGGCGAUACAUCGCUUCAACGCAGUUCGAACCAACCCGUGCUCGGAUGGCGUUCCCGUGCUACGAUGAACCGUCACUGAAAGCCACCUUCACCGUUUCGAUCACUCACCACAGCAGCUACAAUGCGGUGUCGAACAUGCCGCUUGACGGUGAACCGGUUCCGGAUAUCGAGAAUCCUGACUUUGUUACAACGCAUUUCCAACCGACGCAGAUUAUGUCCACGUACCUGUUGGCGUUUGCUGUUACGAACUUCGAGACUAAAGGGACUGCGCUUCAGGAAAUUCACGCACGACCGAAUGCGAUUGACCAUGCGGAGUUUGCUCUACAAGUGGGCAAUGACAUCCUCUACGCUUUCAAUGUUCAUACCGACAUUUCGUACUACAACUAUAAACCGAAGAUUGCACAGAUUGCCGUUCCGGAUUGGGGUACUGGGGCGAUGGAGAAUUGGGGUCUAGUAACCUAUGGCGAACCGGUUCUUCUGUUCGAUCCGACCGUCAACACCUAUCGUACCAUAAUCGAUAUUGUCACUAUUAUCGGACACGAAUACGCCCAUCAGUGGUUCGGCAACUUGGUGACCACCGAUUGGUGGCAGUACAUUUGGCUUAACGAGGGCUUUGCUACGAUUUACGGAUACCUCGGGGCACAGCUGGCAUAUCCAGAAGACAACUAUUUGAGCCUUUUCCAACCUCACAACGUUCUGCCGACUCUUCGAUCAGAUUCAAGCGAUUCAACCCGUCCCAUGAACUGGAAUGCGGCCACACCCGCGGAAAUAUCGGCACUGUUCGAUGGGGUUGCCUACGGCAAGGCCGGCUGCGUACUUAACAUGUUCCGUGUGGUCUUGGGUGAGGACAGCUGGAGAGCUGGAAUCAAAAAAUAUCUACUAAGUCGAGCACUGGCAGCGGCCACUCCCGAUGAUUUGUACACUGGAUUACAAGAGGGCCUUUCCGAUGAGCUUUCGGCACUGCCGGAAGGUAGCACCGUGAAAGAAACUAUGGAAAGCUGGACAACGGCUGCCGGAUAUCCGGUGUUGAACGUUCGCCGCAACUAUCAGAACCAGGAUGUGGUUAUAUCUCAGGAGCGAUUCUACGCCGACAAAGUAUUGCCGGGCGAUCACGUUUGGUACAUUCCGUACAACUUUGCUCACGAGGCUAAUGGUGAUUUUGAACUCAACUCCUUUGAUUGGCUCACGACACGAGCCGCAAGAUUGACGAUCGAUGUGGAACCUGAACAGUGGCUGCUUUUCAACCGACAGCAAUUCGGAUUCUAUCGAGUUAACUACGAUACCCGCAACUGGCGGUUACUUACCGACGCACUAAUUGCCUCAGUGGGAAGUUUCCAUCCUCAAAACCGUGCCCAACUGAUCGAUGAUGCUUUUUACCUGGCACGUGCAGAUCUGCUGGACAUGAGUAUCGUCCUUGAGAUGAUGUUAGCACUUCGCAAAGAUCACGAAUACCUCCCGUGGGCUGCCGGAAACAACGUUCUAACCUAUCUGUACAACAAACUUCGAGGAACGGAUAGCUAUGAACCGUUUACGUUAUACGUCAACGAACUGAUCGAAGAAAUCUACCAAACUCUAAAAGUAGUCACGGUCGAUGAAAGCGAGUCACUCCAGCAGAAAUACAUGAAGCAAACGAUAUCAUGGUGGGCAUGUAAGAUCGGCAUGGUCGAUUGCCUUUCGAAAACCAAAGAAACCCUACAGGAAGCCGUUCGAGGAAACGUGGCCGUACACCCGGACGUAUCAUCGAUCGUUUACUGUUACGGCGCACAAUCGGCAAGUGAUGAAGAAUUCCUAUGGUUGUACCAACGAAUGUUCAACUCCAAGAAUCCAGCGGAGAGAACCCUACUGAUCGACGCAAUGGGUUGCUCACAACAGGAUAAUCAACUUUCGGCCUAUCUCACUUCAUCCAUCGGUUCCGGAGUUGGGGUAGAAGUUAACUACUACGAUAGCGAGCGUACCCGCGUUGUGCAAGCCGUCUAUUCGGCUAGCCGAACCGGUGUAGACGCUCUCAUCGAGUUCCUCAACGACUGGGACAUGGCCGAUGAUUUCAUCUAUUGGUUAGAGCAGCCUGCCUUCAAUAAUGCGAUUGCAGCAAUCGCAUCUAGAACCAACACACCGGAUGAGUUGAGCCGGCUCAAGGAACUGUUCGACACGGUCCAAACGUUGGCACCGGUUGAGGUCGUUGAAGCGGCACUGGCAACGGUACAGGCUAACUUCGAUUGGCACAACACUCUUGAAGGGCUGAUUGUGGCCGAAUUCCUAGAGAAUUUUUUCAAUGGAAACAAGAUUUAA